AUGACACGGGCAACGUAUCGAGAGCUCUUCCCCGAUGACGAGGAAGACUCUGCAUCCGGCGAUGAUCGCCACCAAAUCGCCUUCCCCUGGUCUCGAAACAACUACGAACAGAACAGACUCACCAGCGCCGCUCAUACUGAAGAGCCUCCGCCAGACAUCCCGAGUGGUCCAGGCUUGCGAAUGCAUUCGCCAGCUUCUGCAUCAAGGGCAGUUACCCCUUUCCGCCGCUCCGCCACUCGGCCUCCCUCCCCGACCAACUCGAAGCAUGAAGGCAACGUGCCGACACCUCCACCCAACCGAUCAGCUUCCAUCCGGGCUGCGUCCCCCUUCCUUGCCGCUGAAGGGCCUCGUGGACUCAGUACCCACAACCACCUCCGCGACAGUGCCCCCGAUCCCGAGAGCGCCAGGAGUCAACGCGGCGCAUGCCUCGAGGACCAAGGCCGAACGGCGGCUGUCCCGCACACCGUAGAUGGCUUCGUCGAGGAUCAGCAAGAGAAUGUCAUCCAAGGAGGUGACCCCCAGCUACCUUUGUCUGAACGUGAUUUAGACGACAUUCUGAAAGUUCUUUCCAGCGGAGGUCCUCCUCAGCAAUCGGGGAGCGAGAGGCAUACGAACGUGCACCUCCCUUCCGUUCAGCCCUCUUUCCAGCGGAGAGCUGCUUCGGGUAGGCUAUUGCACCAGCGCCUCGCUCAAGGUGGCAUGGACCCGCCGCAGUCCGCUCAACAAACCUUCCCUGCAGAAUCUCCAGGCGACCCCUUAGGCAUUCUCAUCCAGCUUACACACAACAUGCAGUACAUGAGCAACCAAGUCAACAUGUUGAACGCGAAGCUCCACAUGGACGUUGACAGUCUGGAGACCGACCUCGCUGCCGCGAACGAGAGUGCCGAAAACGCGAAGCAGGCCAAGGCGGACAGUAUCGACAAUGCGAAGAGAUGCCUCCAGAGCAUCAAGCAACAGUAUCAAGGACUUGCAGCCUCGCUUGCGAGCCAGAAGUCAAUAUCCGAGGGGUCUCGCGCAAAGAAUCUGGCUCUCAUCAGUCAGCUCCAUGGAUCCCGUGAAGAUCUCAAGAAACAGGUUGCCGAGUGCAAGACAGUCUCGGAGACAAAGACAUCAGCUGCAAGGCAGGCUUUGGAGGCGCUGAAAGACUGCCAAGCUUGGCCUCGAGGUCGAGCUCAAAGGCGCUCGUCAGCAAUAGUGAGCGUCCUAGCCAACUCGCCUGACCUCAGUCAACAACUGGAGUCCGCGCAGCUGGCCCUCCAGUCAACGUUUGGUGACACGUCGCAAAAGCUCAUCGCGUGUGUGGAAUCGUAUGUCAGCCCUUCGGUCCAAGCUGACGGCAGGUUGUCACAGACGAAACUAAUGUUCAGGUUGCGCUCGAUGAUCAAGAAGAUGGAGGAACGUGACUCACUGGUCACGACUCUUCGAGGGGAGUUGCAAGAAGCCCGUUCUUCCAUGCUGGCAGAAGCUCAGACGCACCAUGCACUGGCCGCCUCUCGCGAUCAGAUGAAGCUCAAGAUGGAACAGCAAGAGCAAUCUUCCUCGCGUUUGAUCAAGCUUGAACGGACCAAGGUGGAGCUCCGGGAAUCUCAUUUGAAAGAGAUGAAGCAUAACGAGGGAGUGACAGUGGCGAGCAUGGAGCUGUUAACGCUGAAGCGAGGCUUAGAGGCAAAGUCAAAGGAGAUCGAAGCCCUGACAGCUCGUUUGAAGGAGAGUGAGGUGUCCCACAACAAGGAGGUAGAGGUUGAUGAAGCUGUCCAGCGAGAACGCGUGGCUAUCGCCCUUGCCCAGGAGCGAAAGGUAAAUGUGACCGGCCGGAGGUUGUUCCUUACAGCCCAGGCCCUCUUUGAUAAGAUGAGCGGAUCCACUCCUACCGAGCGUACCUCAAACUCUAGUCGUGUCCGUCGUCUGCUUCCCUACCAACGGCCACCGACUCCACCUCAUCCGAGGAACGAACACGCAUCCACUGCAGAUCAAGCGGCAACCGACAAGGCUUCCAACCGAUCGGUAUAA